GUCAAUCAUCACCACGGCAAUAUUAUUAUCGAGAGAAUAGAAUAAAAUAUUUAUAUCAAGAUGCGCGCCUACGUUUUUCUGCUCGCUUCCCUGUCUCUCAUCGCCUGCGUAUGGGGCAACAAUCUGAUUCUUGGCAAACAUUUGCCCGGCGAGCUAAUCCUCCAGAAUCGAACCAUCUUCAAGCCAUCGAUACCAGGCAUGAGUCACACCGUUACUAUCGGUGCAACCGCGCCACCAGAUCACGUAAUCUCAUACUUCAGCGUAGUAAACUUGAAUCCAAAGGUGGUGAACAUAGUACCUAUUAAAGGUAACAUUGGCACCUCAUCGAUCGUCGCACUCGGGGUCGGAUUGCCUAAUUGGGGCAUGUUCAUAAAGGUUGUCGUAUUCGCUGUUCCCAAAUUACCCGAAACCACCACACCCAGCACCACAACUGAUCAACUACCAACGAGCCCUGAACCGAGCAGCACACCGUCGACCACCCAACAAUCAACGAACACCGAACCAGACACGACAACCAAUUCUGAAUCGAGCAACACACCGUCGACCACCGAUCAAUCAACGAACACCAAACCAGAGACGACAACCAACUCUGAAUGGAGCAGCACACUGUCGAGUACCGAACCAGAGACGACAACCAACUCUGAAUGGAGCAGCACACCGUCGAGCACCGAACCAGACACGACAACCAAUUCUGAAUCGAGCAACACACCGUCGAGUACCGAACCAGAGACGACAACCAACUCUGAAUGGAGCAGCACACCGUCGACCACCAAACAAUCAACGAACACCGAACCAGACACGACGACCAAUUCUGAAUGGAGCAGCACACCGUCGAGUACCGAACCAGAGACGACAACCAACUCUGAAUGGAGCAGCACACCGUCGAGCACCGAACCAGAGACGACAACCAACUCUGAAUGGAGUAGCACACCGUCGACCACCAAACAAUCAACGAACACCGAACCAGACACGACAACCAACUCUGAAUCGAGCAGCACACCGUCGAGCACCGAACCAGAGACGACAACCAACUCUGAAUGGGGCAGCACGCCGUCGAGCACCGAACAAUCAACGAACACUGAACCAGAGACGACAACCAACUCUGAAUCGAGUAGCACGCCAAGUAGCCCAUCGAGUAGCGAAGAGCCAACGAACACCGAACCAGAUACGACGAGUCCUGAAUCGAGUAGCACGCCAAGCAGUCCAUCGAGCAGCGAAGAGCCAACGAACACUAAGCCAGAUACGACGACUGAAUCGAGUAGCUCAUCGAACAGCGAGGAAUCAACGAACACCGAACCAGACACGACAACCAACUUUAAAUCGAGCGAAGAAACAAGUACCGAAUCAAACGAAUCGAUAAACUCUGAUUCAAAUAGCGUGGAAUCAAGUUUUCCACGACACAAAUCCGGCGAAAAGUCUGAAAAUAAUCGAUUGUGGUGGAAAUGGAUGCAAUCUCGAUUCUGACCGAGAUUCUGAUCGAUGAGAGAUAUAAAUUAAUUGGAAAUUAGUUUUGUAUAUUAGCUCGGUAAUAUAUCGAUGAUUAAAUACGAGGAAUAAGAUAGGAUAACAACAACUUAGGAUAACAACCGAAUCGACGUUCUCCUCCAAGCUUUAACGUAAUCUAACAAAAUUUUGUAAUUAACUUAUCCUUUUUAAUAAUCUAGCAUUUUUAAAUAAACUUUUACUCUCUCCUGUUUCAUUCAAAA